UUAGAACCGGAGACCACAUUGGAUUCAUAAUACUAAUCCUUUUUGAUCCGGAAGCAAUUGAAGACCUGAAGAAUCCAAAACAUAAAUUUUUGAUUUUAAUUUUCGCGACGAGGAACAGAGUUUAGAGCAAUUGCAUCGAAGAAGAGAAGAGUGGAUUUCUGGAUUUUGUUCAGUGACACAGUAGGAGCUAUAAAAACAACAAAAGCCCUAGGGACAUGAUCAGAUGCUACAAGUAGCUUGUAAAUUAGAGAAGAGCAGUGAGCAAAUAUGAUGAACACUUCUAAUGGAAUGAUCUCUGCGCCUUCUUCUUCUUCUUCAGCUUCGGCGGCGAAUCCUCACUCGCCGGGAAUCAAGACGUAUUUCAAGACCCCUGAAGGGAAGUACAAGCUCCACUACGAGAAGACGCAUCCUUCUGGGCUCCUUCACUAUACACAUGGAAAAACCGUCACUCAGGUUACUCUAGCUCACCUCAAGGACAAACCUUCUCCAUCGACACCAACUGGUACCUCGUCAAGUUUCAGUGCUACUAGCGGUUUCCGAUCAGCAACAGCGAGGUUGUUGGGUGGUGGGAAUGGUAACCGUGCGCUUAGUUUCGUUGGUGGCAAUGGAGGGAACAAAAAUGUGAGUACAGGUUCAAGAAUUGGUGCUUCAUUCACUGCUUCUAGUUCUAGUACCUCGGCGACUAAUACGAAUUUUGAUGGGAAAGGAAGUUACUUAGUCUUUAAUGUGGGUGAUGCUAUUUUUAUAUGCGACUUGAACUCACAAGACAAGGAUCCAGUAAAGUCUAUACAUAUCAGCAAUUCGAACCCUAUGUGCCACGCGUUUGAUCCUGAUGCUAAGGAUGGACAUGAUCUACUUAUUGGGCUGAAUUCUGGGGAUGUCUACACCGUAUCACUAAGACAGCAGUUACAAGAUGUCGGUAAGAAGCUUGUUAGUGCUCAGCAUUAUAACAAAGAUGGUUCUGUAAAUAACAGCCGCUGUACUAGUAUAGCUUGGGUGCCUGGAGGUGACGGAUCCUUUGUUGUUGCUCAUGCCGAUGGAAAUUUGUACGUGUAUGAGAAGAAUAAAGAAGGUGCAACUGAAUCUUCAUUUUCUGCUAUAAGAGAUCCUACACAGUUUUCAGUUGACAAAUCAAAAUAUAGCAAGAGUAACCCAGUAGCGAGAUGGCAUAUUGGUCAAGGUUCAAUAAACUCCAUUGCAUUUUCAAAUGAUGGAGCAUACUUGGCAACUGUCGGAAGAGAUGGUUAUCUUCGAAUUUUUGAUUUCUCAACCCAAAAGCUAGUGUGUGGUGGAAAAAGUUAUUAUGGUGCUCUAUUGUGUUGUGCUUGGAGUUUUGAUGGAAAGUACCUUUUGACUGGAGGUGAAGAUGACUUGGUUCAAGUCUGGAGUAUGGAAGACCGAAAGGUUGUGGCAUGGGGUGAGGGACACAAUUCAUGGGUUAGUGGAGUGGCGUUUGAUUCAUAUUGGUCGUCACCAAAUUUAGAUGGGUCUGGCGAGAAUGUUAUGUAUCGGUUUGGUUCCGUUGGUCAGGACACACAACUACUGCUAUGGGACCUAGAAAUGGAUGAGAUUGUAGUUCCACUUCGUAGACCUCCAGGAGGAUCACCCACUUACAGCACGGGGAGUCAAUCUGCUCACUGGGACAACAUCGUUCCAAUGGGCACUCUUCAGCCAGCGCCGUGCAUGCGCGACGUCCCAAAGCUCUCACCAGUCGUGGCUCAGCGUGUUCACAGCGAGCCCCUCUCGGGGUUGAUCUUCACUCAAGAAUCAGUCGUAACGGCUUGCAGAGAAGGCCAUCUAAAGAUCUGGACACGACCAGACACUCAAUCCAGUAGCUCAGAAGCAAAUCCAACCACAAGCAAACCUUCACUGACCAGCAAGGCCGGUGGUUCCAGUUAAUUCAGUCACUGUUUGAAAAUCAUUUUGUUUCAGGUCUUGGUUUUGAAAGGAAGCCAAUGUGAAUGUUUUCUUUCUUCAAAGAAAAAUAUGGAUCGAACUGAAUCAAUUCUUAACAUUGAUGGUUAAUUGGGUUGGAGACAGAGCGUGCUCACGUUAUGAUAUAAGAAACAUUGGCCUAGGGCCACAAA